AUGAUGCGUCUCGCUCUACUCUUCGCGCUCAUCGUGAGUGCAGUCUCUCAGUCUACCACCGCAGCUGCAUCAACCACCGCUCCUCAGCUGGUCACUACUACGCCUACUACUUCGAGUACUACUACGCCUGCCGGUCCUGUAGGCACGACCGUUGCGAUCAGUACUACUACAGAGACUAGCGUACCUGUUACCAUUGUGACGGGCGUCCCCGAAACGACCACUGUCGACCCCACCACUGCUAACCCUACCUCGAGUGCUGAAUCUGCUGCAAUCAGCUCCGUUGUGGCUGCUGCGUUGCUGAUGAUGAGCGCUUGA